CCACCCAAAAAGUAUGCUUUGCUUUUCUUUAUUUAAUUUUUUGUAAAAAUAUUAGGUUUUUUCUGCUUUAAAUUCUGGUUUUCGGCCUCUACCUUUUAAAUUUGCAUUAAUUAACCAAAUCUUCAGUGCUGUUCACAAAUUCAAAGUGACUUAGCUGUAAUGGACGAUGUCCGCACAUUGCGAUUCGACAUUCAGUGGGAUGUUUUCGAGGGGAUGCAAAUAGUUGACAUUAACUCAAAGUACUAUGACAUGGUGAUCGAGUUCAUGUGGAGCCAAUCGUUUCUGAAAAGCCUGGUUUACGAGAGUCUGGGACUGUUUGAUCUGCCGGACAUGAAGGAGACAUAUUCCAAGUAUGUGCGCCACAUUCUGCAAAACGAGUGCUCGGUGAUGAUGAUCAGUGAAGAUGAGACGCAGAUAAGGGCAGUGGGCUUGCUCGAAUGGAUGACCGAGGAAUGGCACUCCUGGGUCUUCUUUCCCUCCUCGUUGCCCAGAAAUCUGUUCCAGCAGAUCAUAAUGAUGAAGAAGAAGCUCAUCGAUGCGACCAAGAAGAAUCUGGGCAUCACCACCUACGACUCGCUGAUCGUCCACGAGAUCGCCUUUCCGGACGAGUUGUACUUCAACAGGGACUUCCUGAUGACCAUUUUCGACGUGUUUGGUUAUGUGGCCCAGCACAUGCACAUGCCCCGGGUGAGUUUCAUCGCCCUGAGCUCCGUGGACCAGGAGGCCACCAGUAUGAUCGAGUACGACGAGAUCGGGCGGACCAUCUACUCGAUCUACAAGGUGGGCAAUACCCGUCCCUUUGACAUCCUGCGUGAGCUGGACGAGAUGUACGCACUGCUCUACGAACUCCCAGUUACCCCGAUACUGAAGUAUGUCGAUAUGCCCGGAUUCGAGGAGUUCCACGAGGCCCUGGAUGCCAGGUUGGCCAAGGAGGCUGCCGAAAAACGACACGACGACGAGUUUUGAGCUGUUUUACUUUGUGACAUCUCUAAAUACAUGUCUGCCUACUUUCGGGCUCUACCCUCGAAA